AUCCUUCCUGUAACUUGCUGCUCAGAGGCUACAAGAAAAAAGGCGACACACCUCCAGAUAGGCACAGGAAGCUUAAAGAAGAAGGACCUGGAUUUGCAUGAGGCAGAAGAAAGUAAGAGGUGAACUGGCUGAGAGAGAGUAGGUGUGUGCGCCUUGUUUGUUAAGCAGAGCAGGUUCAGACAAACUCACUUUAGUGUCACUGGUAUGCUUUGGUUUAGCUGUGAACUCACAGCGGCAGAUCUAGAGUUACGACGAGGUGCUCUUCCCUCCCACAAAUCUUGGGUCAAAACCUCACAAGCUGGCUGAUCAUAUGAUGUUGCUUUCAAGUGCCUGGAGGGGUGAUGGCACCUUGCAAAAGCAUCUGGCCUAAUGCAGGAAGCGAGCACCUUUUGUAGAGAAACAGCUUCAAAAUCCCUCUCUAAACCUUACGCAAGCUGACAACAGAGCUGCCCAAGAGGCGCCAAUGGAGGAGGAAAAACUAUGCACUUCUAUGCCGGAUGUUGAAGAAGCCGAAAUACCACAAGACUUGCAGGCCUCAUCGGGUCAGAGCAUAAACGGAGAGCAGGGGGACCUGGUGUUUGGUGAUGAGGUAGAGAAAGAACUGACAUAUGAGGAGGAAGCUGCCUCAGACGGAUCUCCUAAAGAUGCAGAACAGUUUGAGGAAACCAUAUGGUCUCCGCAGCCCAUCGCCUGCUCCCACCUCUCUCUUACCUUCGCCUCUGUGGGAUGGGAGAUGCCUGACUCUUCUGCAGAGAAUGCUUCAUUCAUGACUGACAGCAGCUUGGCCAAUGAGCUUUACUCUGAGGGCAUGACGAGUAUCCGCAGCACUUCCCUCUCUCCUCACCAUCACCCUCAAGAUGUUACUGCCGAGCCUUUUAAAGAGGAGGACAAAGAGGAACAAGAUGAAGUUAAUACACAGCCUCUAAACCCAGCUGAAGAGAGCACCGGAAGUGAAUCUAAGCCAUGUGAUGCUGCAGAUGUGAAAGAGCUAACGAAACAGGAAAAGGAAGAUUCAGCAGCCGAGAAGUCUGAAAGUAGCAAUGCUUCAGAUGAAGAGGAGGAAGGCUCAGUAACAUCAGACGAGGAUUUACCAGAAACUAAAGAGAAGAUUCAAUGUUCAUCAGAGGCAGUGGACACUUGUUUAGAUGUGAAACUAGAAAAGGAAGAAGAGAUUAGUAUUCUGCUGAGCGAGCAAAAAGACUCAGAAGGAGAACCGAGCUUAACGAAAGGUUCUGGGACUGACAGUGCCAAGGAGGACCGGAAGGAGGUUCAAGAGGAGGAGAGUUUAACUAACGUUUCCAAUGAGAAGGUGCCGGCUUUAGCAGAUAGUUCUGAGACUGAGCAAGAACAUGAGGAAAAGAGUGACACAGAAGUUCCCGACGAGGAGGAACCAGCUGUAGCAGCUUGUGUUGACACCCAGGAAGAACAUUGGGAAGUGAGCGAGGAGGAGGAACAGCCGAGUGUCUCCAACGUUUCCCUUCAGGAAGAAAGUGAAGAGGCUGAAACUGUCAGCUCUCUGACUGAUCUGGAAGUACCUGCAGAAGUGCUGCAAACUGACAACACCACACUAGACUCACCUACUGGUUCACUGGGAGAUCUUCCAGCGCUGGAACUUCCAGAAGACGGGGACAAGAAGGACGUAGAUAUACCAGAUCAUUUAGGUGGAGACCUCUCAGUGCUGCCUGAAGAAAUGUGUGAGGAUGUAAAUGAGAAGGUGGAUCCUGAGCUUUCAGAGUCUGAUGAUAACAACCAGGAAGAAUCAGAACAGGCAGAAAAGGCUGAGAGUGUAGAAAACUCUCUGGGAAGAGAAGAAGAGGGUGAGAAUCUGGAAGAGACUCCCUCUUUAGAGAGUGAUCAGGACAGGGUGGCUACAGUGCAGCCUGAAGCUUUAGAGUCUGAAUCAGGUGAAGUGAGUGAAGAGCCCAAGAUGCACGCAGAAGAGUCUGAUCCAACAGAGCAGCUUCAGGACCAGCCUCCAGAGAUGGCAUCCCCAAACCAGUUAACCCCACCAGAAACUCCAGAAGAUCCGCCAGAGCAGACAGCUUGUGAUGAAGCUACGGAGUCCACAGUUGGCAACGAUCCAUCAGAGCAGAAUGAGCCGCCACAGCAAACAGCCUGUUCAUCAGAAAAGAUGAAUAAGUCCAACAUGACAGAGCAGCUGUCUCCUGACAAUGAGGCUACAGCGCUGAACGAGGAAUUAAACCAUGUGGACCAACAGGCUGAGACGUCAGAUCAGGCCGAAGAUGUUGGGCUUCCUGAUGGUGGAAGUCCACCAGAAGUUGUGGCUAAUGGAGAUAAACACCAGGACUCAGCGGUGCCUCAUAUUAAUGGAGGCGGGGUGGACAGAGAGAAGGCCUGUCGACUGGCUGAACAGCUCUUUAAGCUGGAAAACAUCCAACGCUCUGAUGUGGUGAAACAUCUAGACAAAGAUAAUGACUUCAGUCGGGCUGUUGGAGAGGAAUACCUCAGGUUUUUUGACUUCUCCAACCAAACUCUGGAUCAAGCCCUCAGAUCUUUUCUGAAGGUGGUCGUAUUGAUAGGAGAGACUCAGGAAAGAGAACGAGUGCUGCAGCAUUUCUCCAACCGUUUCCAUGAGUGCAACCCCGACUUUUACUGCUCCUCAGGGGCCGUGUUGGCUCUUACCUGUGCUUUAAUGCUUCUCAACACUGACUUGCAUGGACAGAAUGUAGGAAAAUCCAUGUCUUCUUCUAAGUUUGUGACCAACCUGGAUGGGAUGAAUGAGGGAGGAAACUUCAACAAGGAGCUGCUGAAAAGUUUUUAUAAUUCCAUAAAGAGUGAACCUCUAGAGUGGGCUGUGGAUGAGGAGGAGCUGAAGAACUUGGUGGAUGAAAGUGCAGGAAAUGACGCCCCGCUGCGCUCAAAAUCCAACCCGUUCCUUGAUGUACCUCAGGACCAAAAGGCAGCUGUGGUAAAACAGGGAUUCCUGCAGAGGAAGCUGCAUGCAGACAUCAAUGGAAAACGAACUCCGCGGGGAAAAAGGGGAUGGAAAACUUUCUUUGGGGUGCUAAAGGGAAUGACUCUUUACUUACAGAAGAACGAUUACCGCAGAGAUCAGCUGGUGAACGAGGACAUUGUGGCAAUCCACCAUUCCCUGGCUGAGCCGGCAGCCGAUUACACCAAGAAGCCACACGUUUUCCGGCUUCAGACGGCUGAUUGGAGGGUUUUGCUCUUCCAGGCCUCAUCUAAAGUAGAGAUGAAUUCAUGGAUCAGCCGUAUCAACUUGGUUUCCGCCCUUCAUUCAUCUCCUCCGUUCCCCGCUGCUGUUGGCUCUCAGAGAAGGUUCUUUAGGCCGCUCCUCCCAGCUUCGAAGUCUGUGAACUCUCUAGACCGUCAGCUUCAAUGUCACUCAGGAAAACUGGAUUCCUUUAAAGCUGACCUGUUGCAUCAGCAGGAGAACCCACCAGACAGUAAAAAAGCUAAAACCAAGGAUCUGGAGGAACAUCGUGUGAGAGCAGAGUACCUGCAGUAUGAGGUCUGUCGCUAUGAGACCUACAUCGAGGUGCUGGGGGCCUGGAAGAGUGUGCAGAAGAACGAGGACAGUGUAUUGAGCAGCGCUGACCUGAACCUGUUUGACAAGGCUGCCUGCCCAGGCUGCAUCGGGGAUGAAGACGAGGAAGAGGCUGGUUUAAAAAGGUCUUACUCAAGUCCUUCCUUGGAACUGGAGCUGGCCCCUCCAACAAUAAUCAAAGUUAAACGCAAUAUCUCUGAGAGACGGACUUAUCGCAGGACCAUUGUUCCCCGAAUGAAUAAAGAGGCCUGACAUAAAGUGGUCCAUUUGUUCUGACUGGCACAUUCAGACGUUUCUGUUGGCAUUUUUCAGCUGGUGGUUGCAGAAUAAACCCUCCAAAGAUCUGUAGGAAAGCUCUGAGGAAAUAUGUAUUUGAUUGUCUGAAUGAGCAAUAGUAUUCUUAGAUGUGAACCUAAGUUAAUUAAUUUUGUCUGAAUUUGUAGGAUCUUUUAUGAGCUAAAAUAUUGUGGUUUCACCAUUUAUAACGUUUCAGUUUUUAUCCAAAUGAAUGUUUUCUAUUUGGUCAUAAUUUUUGUUGACUAUGUGUACCACAAGAGGGUGCUGUAGAACAGCACUUAUUGCGACAUAAAGAGGAGGCGCCUUAGUUUAUUUUCAUGUUGCACUUUUUCAUAUAUGUUCUAUACAGUAUGUUAAAUUUUGAUUUCAUAAGUUUUAUCAAGUUUUUUCUUAGUUGUUUUUCUUGUAUUUUUAUGAAGGACCUCUAAAAUAACAUGACAUUUUUA